AUGACGAUCAACCACAGCGGUCAAGUCAACGGGCUACCCAACAUGACGAAAGACACAAGGAAGCCGCUGCUGGUUAUGUCUGCAGGACCCAUCAUGGGCCACUCAGCGCCGAUGUUCCAUAUUGCUCGGGAGAUGAUCAAACGCGGGUUUGAGGUCAUAUUCAUGACGGCGCCAGACCAGAAGGAAAACGCGGAGAAGGUGGGCGCCGAAUACUAUGAGACAUCAUCUUUCUUCCCACCGGGUACCAUUGAAAGCAGAGACGCUGUCCCAGUCGGAAUUGAAAGACUCAUCUACGAUAUGGAGAGUAUUUUUCUACCUAACCUGGCUCCGCGGGCAGCCAACUUCCGUUCACUAUUGGAGAUGGUCCGCGAGCGAGAUGCAGAUCGCGACGUCGUCAUUGUCGCGGAAACAGUGUCAUUUGCGGCGAUCAGCUUUAUGUAUGGUGCACCGUUGCCCAAGGGUUACGAUACGUUUCCAAAGGUCAUCAACAUCAAUGUCGUCCCUCUCCUAUCGUCCAGUGAUGACAUUGCACCAUUCGGGCCUGGUCUUCCUCCGGACUCGACUGAGUCUGGCCGGGCCAGGAACAGGCUACUGAACCAGCUGAUGUACUACCAAGGGCCGUUUGCAUCUAUCAACGAACAUUUCCACCAAAUUCUCAAGGAUGUUGGCUGCACAAGUGUACCCAAACAGUUCAUGUUCGAUGCCUGGGCCGAGUCGUAUGACACGUGUUUCCAGAUGUGCAGCCCAAGUCUUGAAUAUCCUCGGUCAGACCUCCAUCCGUCGGUUCGUUAUGCUGGUGCAUUACCUAAGAGAGGCAUUGCUCCCAACUACAAAUACCCAUCGUGGUGGUCCGAAAUCACCGAGAAUGCCGCGCUCCCUAUAGACUCCCCACACAGGAAGAAGGUUAUCCCGGUGGCCCAGGGUACCGCCUCUAUCGAUUACACUGAUCUGAUUAUUCCCGCCAUCAAGGCGCUCGGUCAAAAAUCGAACGUUAUCGUUAUAGCCAUCUUAGGUGUCAAGGACGCAACCCUGCCUGCCGACCUGGAGAUUUCUCCCAACGUCCGCGUGGUCGAUUUCCUUCCUUAUGACGCUGCCCUCGAGUACGCGGAUGUCUUCGUCAGCAAUGGCGGUUACGGUGGGAUGACCCAUAGUGUCAUCAAUGGCGUGCCUAUGGUUGUAGCUGGCAUCUCAGAGGACAAAGUAGAGGUGACAGCAAGAGCAGAGUACGCCGGUUUUGCCAUUAACCUCAAAACUCAAACCCCAACAGCUGAGCAGAUCGCUGGUGCUGUUGAUAAGAUUUUUGGAGAGCCCAAGUACAAGCGUAAAGCUCUGAGGCUAAAGCAAGAGAACGAGGACCUGGACAGCCUGUCAAUCAUUGAGAGGGAAAUAAUCAAGUAUUCGAGAAAGGGCUGA